AUGAGUGACGAGCAAUCAGAUUCCGCAAUGAUGAAUCCGUGGGAUAUCAAAGACCCGUGGGAUAUGAUAGACUUUUAUAUCGAUGAACCACCGCAGUUUCAGUUUGAGUCUCCGCCUCUGCCUGAGCCCGUCUGGAAUGGGGACCAAAACAAUGUAGGUGAUCCCCAGCCCCAGCCGUGUGCUAUGGACGUCAGUGGUAAUCAACCACCUCAGCCGGUUAUUGAUGAGUGUUUCCCGGAAGCUAUGAAGAUGAUAGAGCACUAUUGUGAAAGCCCAUUAUCUGGUUAUCAACCAUUUCAGUCUCAGCUUCAGCCAUGUGCCAUUGACGUGUGUGGUAAUCAACAACCUCAGUUACCGUCUCAGCCGAUUAUUGAUGAGUAUUUCCCAGAAGUUAUGAAGAGGACAGAGCACUAUUGUGGAAGCCCAUUAUCUGGUUAUCAACCACAUCAGUCUCAGCCUCAGUCAUGUCCCAUUGACGUGUGUGGUAAUCAACCAGCUCAACUACCGUCUCAGUCUCAGCCUUGGUCUCGGCCACUUCAGUCUCAGCCUCAACCGUGUGCCAUUGGCAUGUAUGGUAAUCUACCACCUCAGCUACCGUCUCAACCACCUCAGCUACCGCCUCAGCCUCAGCCUUGGUCUUGGCCUCGGCCUCAGCCUCAGUCUGGGCCUCGUUCUCAGCCUUGGUCUCGGUCUCGGUCUCGGCCUCGGCUUCUUUUUGAGCCUCGGCCUCAGUCUCAGACGGAUAUAGUAAGGAUGGCGACGAAUAAGUUUUUCACUGACACAUGUGGUUAUCCCCCACCUCAGCCUCAGCUUCAGCCUCAGCCUCAGCCUCAGACUGAGUGGGAUACGAGGAACAUGUUAGAGCUGAUUCCCAAUGUCGAUGGUCAUCAACCACUUCAACCUCAACCUCUGGUCUGGACUUUGGAGGAGAACAAGGCUUUUGAGUCUGUUAUUACCAGUUGUUUUCAGGAUGCUCUACACAACCACCGGGAGGCAGUGGCUGCUCGUCUCCCCGGCAGGACCCCGCACAGCUGCAAGAACGCUUUCAGAAGCUGA